AUGGCUGAACAGUGUUCAGAUUCGUGGCCCGUGCAAGUACUGCUGCUCGCCCAGAGCAGGCGCAGCGUGAAACCUCAGCUAGAAGAAAAAGAAGGGAAAACGUUUGAUGUCUUCACUGCAGUGGAGUUUAAAACUCAGGUGGUUGCUGGAACAAACUACUUCAUCAAGGUCCAUGUUGGCAAUGACGAGUUCAUGCACCUGCGGGUGUUCAGAAGCCUUCCUCACGAGAAUCAGCCGCUGAGUCUCCACAGUUACCAGAGCAGCAAGACUAAGCAUGAUGAACUGGCUUUUUUCUAG